GACAAGGUAUCGGCGCAGGAGAAGACGCGGUGGUUGGACCAGCAACUAUCGUACCGCCAGUGCCCCUACCCCAUUCGACACAUCGAGUUCACUCACUCAGGCGAUGCCGUCGUCGAAUUCGUGUCCAAUGUCGCAAUGGCCAAGUCGCUGAAGCAGUCGUCGCUCAAGUGGGAUCGCCCGGCGUCGCAGGACGUCUCCACGCGGCCGUGCACGGAGGAUGACAUUCGCGCGCUCUUCUGGGUGGGUGUCGCGGCGACCGGCGCGACGAGCGCAUCGCUGCUGGAGCUGCUGCCGCAAGUCAGACAGGCCUUGCAGCAAUUCGGCGAAGUGAGAGGGGAGUACGCGCCCCAUCCUUCCUCCUCGGACCCCAGCACUCCCCCGCACCUGCGCGCCCCCCCGCCGUCCAUGCUCAAGCUCUACUUCGCGCCGUCUGGCCGCCGCCGCCUCCCGCCCUCUAUCCACGUGUCGCGGCCUGAUAGGCCUAAGGGAUUCCCCCCCAUGAUAGCCCGCGUGUUCACGCCGCACGGGCACGGCCCGCUGGCGGUCAAGUGCGCGGACUUUGGCACCUUCCACUCUGAGUACGGCUGCCCUGACUGCUGUAGCCGCCACUUCAACGGCUGGGGCGCCUAG